GCAUCACCUCUUACUCCAUCGUGACCUGUGACCCCUUUUGCUUCUCGCCACCACCACCACCACCACCUCAUCAUCUCUUCUUCUCCCUCUCUCAAAAGAGAUUUUCCGUCAAAAUAUUUUAUAUAAAAAAAAAUACAAUUUUCAGAUAAAGAACUUCGUCUAAUCCUCUGUUUUUUAUAUAAUACAAAACAGACAUACACACACAAACACUCUCUCUCUCUCUCUCUCUACAGAGUUAAAAGUUCUGAUCGUGUCUCUUAUCGUUUAGCUCAAAACCCAUCUCGAUCUCGUUUCUUGUUUCCUUCUCAACUUCUCAGGUUCAAUAAAGAACCUUACUUUAUAACGAAGAACGUUCCCAAUUCAAAGCAUGUACCUUUAGACUAGUGAUAGUGACUGUAACCGUAGAAAAGGAUUUGUUUUUCUUUUAUAAAGCUGUUAGUGUGAUUUAGUAAGAAAAGGUUAGAACUUUUUGUGAGAAUGGGUAAUAAGCUAGUGGGAAGGAGGAGGCAAGUGGUGGAAGAAAAGUAUACAAAGCCACAAGGUUUGUAUGUGAACAAAGAUGUGGACAUUAAAAAGCUUAGGAAACUGAUUCUUGAGUCUAAGCUUGCUCCUUGCUACCCUGGGGAUGAUGAAAGCUGCCAUGACCUUGAAGAAUGCCCCAUUUGCUUUCUGUACUAUCCUAGCCUUAAUAGGUCAAGAUGUUGCAUGAAAAGCAUUUGUACAGAGUGUUUUUUGCAAAUGAAGAAUCCUAAUUCAGCUCGGCCUACUCAAUGCCCUUUUUGUAAAACACCCAACUAUGCUGUUGAGUACCGUGGAGUGAAGUCAAAGGAGGAAAAGGGCAUUGAACAAGUUGAGGAGCAACGGGUUAUAGAAGCCAAGAUAAGGAUGAGGCAGAAAGAAAUGCAGGAUGAUGAAGAGAAAAUGCAGAAACGUUUGGAGUCAUGUUCCUCUAGCACAAGCGCAAUGACUGGUGAAAUUGAGUACGGUUCAGCUUCAGGUAUAUCUUAUAAUUCUCCCAUGGAAGAUGCAGAAACUUCUUCAUCUCAGAACACAUCAGUUAGACAGCGUGGAAGCAGGGAUGAUGUUGAUCUUGAAGAGUUAAUGGUUAUGGAAGCAAUAUGGCUCUCCAUUCAGGAAACAGAGAUGCAGAGAAGUUCAGGUUGUGGAGAAACGGCACCUUCAAGGCAGUAUGUAUCAGAAGAAGAUCAUAGUUAUGUAGAACCAGGAACAAUGUCAUCUUCAUCCUCUGGUUGUGCAAUCUCUGCACUUACUGAACGCCAGCAAAUGGUUGGUGAAUCCUCCAAUCACAAUCACAACGUCAACGUUGCUUCAUACACUAUGCUUCCUGGUAACUGCGACAGUUUCUACGACGUAGAACAAGAUGUAGAAGACAUUGACCAUCAUUACCGUAACAACAGUGAGAUGGGAGAAACGGAGAGCAACAGCUAUGUAAGCUCGUACAUGAACGGAGAGAGCUUCCACAUAUUUCCUAUGGUCAUUGUUCCAGAGAGUUUUGAGGAGCAGAUGAUGAUGGCUAUGGCUGUGUCUUUGGCUGAGGUUCAUGCCACGACCACAAGUGCACCAACUGAAGUUAGUUGGCAAUAAAAUAGUGUAGUAAUUGAAACUCUCAUGGUAAUCACUUCAUUCAAUAUAAUGUCUGUUUUUAUAGGUAGAAAGAAAAACUGAAAAAGAAAAACAGAAUAUUCAGUUUGAAUAGCAAAAAGUUGGGUUGUGUUCAAAAGUUUCUGUUAUUUAAUCUCUGUGGUUCUUUCUUCUGUUUGAUGUUGAUAGACAAAUAGUGAAGAUCACAUGUACUUUUGUCUCUUUGAUAGUAAAAGAAAUGAGAAGAGAAUGUCCAAGUUGGAGAA